CUGCAGGCGGCUCUGGAGGAUCUCGACGAGGACGAUCAGUGCUAUGAUUUCCGGCGGGAGCGCCUCACCGUGCACAGAGUUCACCUGUACUUCCUGCAGUACGAGUACUCACCUGCAGAGGACGACACCGACAUCACGCUGGUGGCUCAGCUCUCCAUGGACAGGCUGCAGAUGCUGGAGGCCAUCUGUAAGCACUGGGAGGGGCCCAUCAGCCUGGCGCUCUACAUGUCGGACGCCGAGGCGCAGCAGUUCCUUCGAUACGCUCAGGCCUCCGAGGUCCUGAAGAACCGGAAGAACGUUGGGUACCACAUCGUGUACAAAGAGGGCCAGUUCUACCCCGUCAACCUGGUGAGGAACGUCGCUCUGAGGAACGCCAACACGCCCUACGUCUUCCUCACAGACGUCGACUUCCUGCCCAUGUACGGACUCUACGAAUACCUCAGGCGCUCGGUGGUACAGAUGGACAUGGCUCACACUAAGAAGGCUCUGGUGGUCCCGGCCUUCGAGACGCUCCGGUACCGUCUCUCUUUCCCCAAAUCCAAAGCUGAGCUGCUCUCCAUGCUGGACAUGGGGACUCUCUACACCUUCAGGUAUCACGUGUGGCCCAAAGGUCACGCUCCGACAGAUUACGCCAAAUGGCGGACGGCCACCACGCCGUACCGAGUGGAGUGGGAGGCGGACUUCGAGCCGUACGUGGUGGUGAGGAAGGACUGUCCCGAAUACGACCAGCGCUUCGUGGGCUUCGGCUGGAACAAGGUGUCACACGUACUGGAGCUGGACGCACAGGAGUACGAACUGAUGGUGCUGCCGAACGCCUUCAUGAUCCACAUGCCGCACGCUCCGAGCUUCGACAUCUCAAAGUUUCGCUCCAGCUCGAGUUACCGCAACUGCCUGAACACGCUGAAGGAAGAGUUUCACCAGGAUCUGUCCAGGAAAUAUGGCUCGGCGGCGCUGAAGUACCUCACGGCUCAGAGAAACAUCUAGAGAGUCGGAGAAAAGACGUCAAGAAACACGAGUCCGUCGGACACGUGCUAACGCUGCGCCGCCACGGAACCGUUAGCCGCAGGGACGCUAACAAAGACGGUUAAAAAGACGGUAAAGCUUUACGGCCCUUUGUGGACAAUCUCGGGCUCCUGUGCAUUAAUUCUCCAGUCGAAGAGAUAACGGGAAGGAUUUGUGUUCACUAAAGGACUGAGAAGAAGAAGACGGACUAGCUUUAACGCGGGAAUAAUUGGUACAACUUGUUCUGACAAUCAGGGCUUUUUCUGUCCGAAUGACGGGAAGAUUUAAGGGAGAAGACGACGUUUCUAAGGGCCAGUCGAAGUGGAGAUAAGCCUUAUCACUCUCCAUGGUAUUUACUGACAUAUUUAAUAUUUCUUUUCUUUCUCCAGUAUAAAUCAAAACCAAUGAUUACAAACAUUGGCAUUAACAAUGUUUUGAUUACGACGUUUCAAACGUUUUUGUUUUUCCUUCGUUUAUCAUUUCUGACCUCCUUUUUUGAAAGAAAAUUCAUUUUUGUCCCGGGUGAAUAAUCUCUGUGAGCUUCAGGGAUGAGAGUGUGUGUGUGUGUGUGUGUGUGUGUGUGUGUGUGUGUGUGUGUGUGUGUGUGUGUGUGUGUGUGUGUG